AUGUCUAUAAAGGUUUUUGUUUCUUCUGCUCCUGGCAGCCUUCUGGUUAAGAAAAACCAGUCGAUGCUGUCAAGUAUUCUGACGGCGAGAAGGAUAGACUUCGAGCAAAUUGAUCUUACCGACCCGAAGAAUGUGGAGAAAAAGCAAGCCUUAAUUGAUGAACUUAAAGGGAAAUCGCUCUCAUUCGUUCCACCAGUAAUUUACUAUGAAGAUGAGUAUCUUGGGAAUUACGAUGAUUUUUUUGAGUCUCUGGAGAUGGAACGCGUUGAUUCCUUUCUUCGCCUCCCAGGGGCGAAAUCGAAAACGUUCGGUGACAUCGUUUCUCAAACAGAGGCAGGGUUGACCGAGCAGGCGCUCAAAGUGGGUGGUGCUGUCAAGAAAAAAAAGCAGAAGAAAGAGGGGGCUGGAAAGGAAGCUGAUGAAAGAGAGUCCGAAGAUUUGUCUGAAGAAUCGGAAAGUGGAGAUGAAAAGAACGAGGAAGAGGAAUCUGAGAAUAAUAAUGAAGGGGCUUCUGGUAGUAAAUCAAAGAAAAGAGAAAUAGAGGAGGAUGCUAUUGAAGCUAAAAGUGAAAAGUUAGAUGAAUCAGCUCCUAAGGCGGAGUCGAGGCUUACCUCAUCUUUGGAAGAGGAGGGGGAUGAAUCCGAGGAAGAGAAAUCUGGAAAAGAAACAUCUACUAAGGCAGUGGAGGAGGCCGAGGAAAAAGCUACGAAGUCAAAGAACGAAUUAGCAUCAGAGACUUCGUCUGAAGAGGAGUCAUCUGAAGAAGAAGAAGAAGAGGAAAGCAAAGGAGAAAUAGAAAUGAAGCAAGCGCCUGAGAAGGAGGAGGAGUCCGAGAAAGCUGCAGAGUCGUCGUCAGAGACCUCGGAGGAAAGUGAGACUGCAGAGGAAGAAGCACCCAUCCCUAAGACUGUCGCUGAGUCGAAAGUAGUGAAGAAAGAGGAGGAAUCGAGCUUGACAGAAAGUGAGUCCGAGUCCGAGGAGGAAGAUGAUGAGAAAAACACAAAGUCAGAAAAGAAACCAACGAUCGAGGCCAAAAAGAUAGAGUUAAAAAAGGAAACGUCCGAAAGUAGUUCUGAGGAGGAAACGAGUAGCAGCGAGGAGGAGUCGGAUUAG